UUCCUGAAAUUGACCUUGCAUUUGCGAUUACUGCUACUUCCGCUGAUGGCGCCGAAAUCUACAAACUCAUGAAAUCAACAAUCAAGUCAAUCAUCACCAAAUAUGGAAACGACAAGAUCCACUAUGGUGUUAUCCAUUACGGUGCAAUCGCGUCCACUAAAGUGAAAUUCAGUGAGAAAUUCCCUUCAGUUGGUAAUCUGAAGCGAUACAUUGAUGCUUUGCCUCGUUAUACUGGGGGUGUAUCGGUGGACAAGGCUUUGGCGAGGGCAGAUCUUUUGUUUAAAGACCCUGCUGUGAGGCCAAAGGCGAGAAAGGUUUUGGUAAUGAUGACGGAUAAUACUUCGGGAAAAACUCCUAAGGAAAUUCUUAUCGCUGCAAAGCCGCUUCACGAUGCAGGGGUCACUGUAAUUGCUGUAUCAUUCGGCAAUCGAGUAAAGAAACCAGAACUGGAGUCAAUGACUGGUGAUAAGGAUAAACUGUUACCAUCGAACAAGAACGAGAACCCUGACAAACUAGGGGACAGAAUCAUUGAGCAAAUCGUACAAGACGCCAAGAAGAUCCCUAAAAUCGAUCUCGCUUUUGCCAUCUCCGCGACGUCACGAGAUGCAUUGCGCAMCUACAAACUCAUGAAGGACGCCAUAAAACAGAUCGCAGACGAGUAUGGAACCAGCAAAAUACACUAUGGACUGGUUGUAUUCGGUGAUGUAGCAAGUACUCAAAUCAACUUCUUUGAUACGUUCCCAAACAGCGAGAAAUUCAAGGCGUUCCUGGACAGUAUACAGAGGAAUACUGGUCGAGCUGAUCUUGGUCAGGCCCUCUCUGCAGCCAGGAAAUUAUUCAACRACCCAGCGUCUCGYCCCGACGCAAAGAAAGUACUUGUCGUGAUUACCGACAGAUCUUCGGGUCUCGACGCGGUCACGAUCAAGACAUCGGCAAAGUCUYUAMAUCAAGACAAUGUACGAAUCAUUGCAUUUGCCGUCGGAGACGAUGGAAGCACGAAAGAACUCGAAAACCUGACGCCACACGUUGAUGAUGUCAAGAGGGUGCCUAGCAAYGAAGAUGCUAAGAAAUUUGGCAAAGACAUUAUGAAACUAGUGCUUACUGAUCGCUUGGAAGAGCUCGACCUUGCCUUCGCCAUCAGUUCGGUAGCAGCGAACGCGGACGAAACUUUCCGACGAAUGAAAGAAACCCUUCGUAUAAUAAUCGACCACUAUGGUACUGAGCGCGUCUUGUACAGUAUCACGGUAUUUGAUGAAGUAGCGAAAAGRAUUGUCCGGUUUAACGAUAAGUUUGCUACUAAUGCSUUAAAGAGUUAUAUUAACCUYAUAAGACGAAAGACUGGGACACCUGAUAUUGCCAAUGCGUUGAAAGAUGCUGAAAACAUGUUUAAAAAUGCUCCUGGUGCUCGUCCCAACGCAAAGAAAGUCUUGGUGGUUAUGGUGGAUAAGAGGUAA